AUGCCAAGUCCUCUUCCUGGUUUUGCCAACCCUCCAGAUAUGGGGGUUGACAUAUCAUCCACUGACUAUGCCCGCAGGCGUAGAGAGCUUAUGAAAAUGAUGUCUGACCUCAAGUCCAUGGGUGCCGACGCGCUCAUCGACUUACCAUCCGUAGUCGUCAUUGGUGGCCAAUCAGGUUCGUGGUCGCCUCCUCUUGCAACCAUAGCUACACUCAACGCAGUAUUUCAGCGGGCAAAAGCUCACUCGUCGAAGCCGUUAGUGGGAUCAAUGUCCCAAGAGACAGUGGAACAUGUACAAGAUGUCCUAUGGAAUCGUCGUGCCCAGGCAGCCAUUCUGAACCCGAAUGUCCCUUCUUCGAGUUUUCACACGAAGACCAUCGAAGAACUCAGGAGCUUAAGGAAUACACUGAAGUUCUCCCGUAACGUGGUGUGCGUCUCGAUUGAAGACCCCGAGGCCACAGACUUGUCGUUCUAUGAUCUACCAGGUUUGAUCCAAAACGAAGAAGCCGAAACUGUUGCCCUCGUGAAAAGUUUGGCGGAACAUUACACCAAGAAAGAGAACACCAUCAUAUUGACCACAAUUCCCAUGAGUGAUGAUAUGGAAAAUCAACAAUCCAUGACUCUUGCGAGGGCUGCAGACCCCAACGGAAAGCGAACAAUUGGUGUCCUUACGAAACCUGACACACUCGGCGCCGGUGCUAUCAACCAGCGCCGAAAAUGGGUAGAAAUCAUCGAGGGUCGUUCGGAGGAUCACACAUUGAGACACGGUUUUUACUGCGUGCGUCUUCCUGAUGAUGCCGAACGGGCACAACGCCUGUCUCGUGCUGAAUUGCAAAGGCGUGCUACUGCAUAUUUCGACACGACAUCGCCCUGGAAUGGCGUGACCGACCGUCAUCGGUUCGGGAUUCCGGGAUUUGUUUCCGAUGUAAGCCGACUGCUUAUCCAGCUAAUUGAAGAAACUUUACCGCGCCUCAGAGAAGAUGUCGACAGGCUCCUUGUCAAAUGUAACAAGGAAUUCGAUGCAUUGCCCCCACCACUUGCAAACGACCCACAAAUCGAAGUUUUAGAACGUGUCAAUGCGUUCUGCGAUGUCUUUAAGAGUUUUGUGAAUGGCAGUCACGAAGACAAACGUCUUGCGCAGCGGAACCGCGCGCUCUAUGCUAUCUUCAAGAGGAAUAUACGCGGCACUGCUCCUGACUUUAGGCCUUUUGACAAACCGGAAGAGUAUAUCCCACUGGACGAUACUGAAGGGAAGAUGACCCUUAUUGAGCGAGAUCCUGGCGUGAAAGUGAUGGGCAUAUAUGAAGUCAGCAGGGUCAUCCACGAGGCAAUUGGAUGGGAGCUUCCGAACAAUGUGCCAUAUCAGGCGAAGGCGAAUCUCAUCGCCCAAUUCACUAAACUCUGGGUCGCUCCGUCUGAGCGCUGUCUUGCUGGCAUCAAUGAUGUGCUCGAUCAAGUCAUCGACACACUCAUAAGUGUCCAUUUUGGACGCUUCAAAGUGCUCGAGGGCUUAUGUUGGCACACGCCCAAGGAAGCUGUCAAAUCGGCCUUGGCUCUGGAAACUACUCCGCAUUAUACUCAGAACACGCACUAUCUUCAAACAUUGCGCGAAAAAUGGCUGGCUCAUUAUAAGACAGUUCGGAGUAGAGCUUCUCAGUAUAAGGCCCCCGUACAUCAUAUUCAGCAGCAUCAUUCAGCCACGUCCCCUGAUGACGAUGACUAUUCUGAGGAAGGGUCGAUGUUGGAAGAAGAGGUAGAUUCCGCAGGACCGAUAGCCUGCGAAGGACCGACAGAGCGGGCAUAUCUUUCAGCAGUGAUGCCGGGAUAUCCUUCAGUAAGGGAAACACCGCGGGAUUAUGAUUCACCAAGGACAGUGGCGCAUACUCCAUCGUUUGCUUCGGCACGGGUAAAACCAGCUCCGCGCGUUGCAUCCUCACAGCCUCGUGAUUUGAGUCCAGCCGCUCCAUCCCACAGUUAUUCGACGUCGGAGACGCCUGAGGCCAAAGCUUUGAGGGCGCUUGCAGAAGCGGGCUAUGCGAAUAUUGGGAUACCGGAUCUUGCGCGUCUGCUACCUCCCGACUCCUUCCAGGAAGAGCUAGUUGUGAUGGCUGAUGUUCGAGCCUAUUAUCACGUCGCUUACAAGCGCAUCAUUGAUCAUAUUCCUCUAACUAUUGAGCAUGCUCUUCACCAUGCCCUGGCAGAACAAUUGUCGCAGAGUCUUUUCAAGAGCUUGUUGACCGAUGUUGCGUCUGGGUCCAACUUCUCUGAGCGUAUGAACGAGUUGGUUAGCGAAGAUGCUUCCAUCGCUCAGAAACGUGCAUCGCUCUCGACAAGAAAACAGCGCCUGUCAGACAUUCGCCGGAGACUCAUGACUUUUGGCAAUAGCACCUGA